AUAGUAGCCAAAAGCGUGGAGUUUACCAUCAGAACCCAAGAAGGGAAGAAAGAAGAGCUCAGCGCGUUUCCUAAACAUACUUCACAACUUGACUGCAGUUAAGUGUGGGGACCAGACAGGACGCCUUCACUUACUGUCUCGGGUUUUUGAAAUUUAGCAAUGGAGUCUUUCUCUGCUGAGAGCAAUUCAACUGACCUACACUCACAGCCCCAGAAUAAACUUCAAGUAAUUCUCUCCAUGGUCAUUCUCAGCCUCACUCUCUUAUUGGGAUUGCCAGGCAACGGGCUAGUGCUGUGGGUGGCUGGCCUAAAGAUGAAGCGAACAGUGAACACAGUUUGGUUUAUCCAUCUCACGGUGGCGGACUUUCUUUGCUGCCUCUCCUUGCCCUUCUCCCUGGCUCACUUGGCUCUCCAAGGACACUGGCCGUAUGGUUGGCUCCUAUGCAAGCUCAUCCCCUCCAUCAUUGUCCUCAACAUGUUUGCCAGCGUCUUCCUGCUGACUGCCAUUAGCCUGGACCGCUGUCUUUUGGUCCUCAAGCCAAUCUGGUGCCAGAAUCACCGCAAUGUGGGGACAGCCUUCACUAUCUGUGGAUGUAUCUGGGUGGUGGCUUUUGUAAUGUGUAUACCUGUGUUCAUAUACCGGGAAAUGUUCAGUGUAGACAAUCAUAAUAUGUGCGGCUACAAUUUUGGUCCCUACAGUUCAUUAGAUUACUCAGACUUCACCUUUGAUCUACUGGAAAACGGAUCUCUUGACAAUGCCUUCGUUCAACUACCUGGAGAAAUGAAUAAUAGGUUAGAUUCUUUCUCUUUACAAGCAGGUGAUCCUUGGACAGCUACCACUGUUCUCCAUUCUCAAACAUUUCAAAGACCAUCUGGAGAUUCACUGUCUACGGAUUCUGCUAGAUUAUCCAAUCAACAUCUAUAUUAUAAUUUAUUUAAACCUGCUGAUGAGAUUUCACCUACAGGCCCCGGUGGGUUUCCCAUUGAAGAUCACAGAAUUAACCCACUGGAUAACUCUGAUGCUUCUCUCUCUACUGAUUUAGAGCUUUUCUCUAAUGCUUCCAGCAAUUCAUUCUACACUUAUGAGCCAUCGCAAGAUUUCCUGGAUGAUAAUUUAGGCCAAUUUGCAUACAGCAAUCAAAUGUCAACACCCCUUGUGGCAAUAACCAUCACCAGGCUAGUGGUGGGUUUCCUGGGGCCCUUUCUUAUCAUGGUGGCCUGUUACAGCCUUAUUAUCUUACGAAUGCGACGGGGCCGCCUUACCAAGUCUCGGAGCAAAACCUUGCAAGUGGCCAUGGUGGUGGUGGUGGUCUUCUUUGUCUGCUGGGCUCCAUACCACAUUGUUGGAGUCCUAUUAUUGUUUAUUGACUCAGAAACUCCCUUUGGGGAAGCUCUGCUGGCCUGGGACCAUGUGUCCAUUGCUCUAGCAUCUGCCAAUAGUUGCUUCAAUCCCUUCCUCUAUGCCCUCCUGGGGAAAGAUUUUAGGAAAAAAGCAAGGCAGUCCAUGCAGGGCAUUCUAGAGGCAGCUUUCAGUGAGGAGCUCACACACUCUACCAGCUGUACCCCAAGCAAAGUCUUUUCGGAAAAAAACAGCAUCAGUACAGUUGUGUGAAAAUGUGGAGCAAUUGAUGGAAGGAGAGGCUCUUAGGUAUUCACCCAGUGCAACAUGUUUCUAAAGGGACAAGGAAUAUGGUGAGCAGGGGAUUUCAGAAACCAUCAAAGAGUCAAUCAGUCCAGAAGUUCUCAAAGUGUGGUCCCAGACUAGUGACAUCAGCAUCAACUGGAAACUUGUUAGAAAUGAAAAUUCUGGAGCCCCUCCAGAUCUGCUGAAUCAGAACCUCCGGCUGUGGGACCCAGCAAAUAUUUUAAGAAGCUCUCAUUUCUGAUGAAUCCUAAAUUUGAGAAUCAUUGUAAAAAUUAGUCUCCUUCUAUCCCAAACUAAGCCACGUGAGAUAAAUGAGAAUCUAGUCUGUUUUAAAAUGAUGUUACCAUCAUUAAAGUUUUUCUUUAGCAUUAUCUAUAUCCCCUUGCAGAUUCCAUUUAAAACCAUUUCUUCCAGUCAUACCUAAGUGGAAGAUGAUCAUUUAUUCUAUGGCUUUGUUGUGGUGGUGGUAGUGACUGUGGUGGUGGUUGGCGGUGGCUUUAAACAAAAAGAAAGUGGAAACAGAAAAAGUCUUUGAAACAAGGACUUCUAAGACUGAGUCUGAAGCAGAGUACAAUGCCGGAUGCCUGCUAUUUGGAAUACGCCUGGAGAGAGGACAUAGGAAUUUCAAGUUUCCAUUAUUGCAACUACAUAAGCAUCUAUUGUGUAAAGACAGACUACUAAGACAUCCAAAAACUUACUCACGAAGUGGUAUGUAAGCUGCGGUUUGGGGAGUUCUCUAUUUUCUGAUACUUACGGUAUUUCGAAAUCAUAUCCUUAUGCUGUUAGUUUUUGUAGACAUGAUAAAAUGACUUCUUGUUUUGAAAGAUAAUUUUGUCCAAACACAUUAGUAUUUUUUGUUUAUCUAGCAUCCCAAUAUUCGUUAACCAUCAUACUUUAAUUUGUUCAUGACCACACAUUUUCUUCUACUUUGUCUAAUCUUUCCAACCAUAUAUACAGCUUUCCUUCUAUCCUUCUUUCACUUUCUAAAAGCAUUCAACUCCCUAUCACCUUCUCAUUUUUCUCUGUAUAUAAACUUUUAUGUUAAACCAGUAAAAUUUUAGGUUUGUUUGUACUACAACAUAGCCUCAUCUAAGCUGAAGAUGAUGAUUUAACCUAACAAAUAGAAAAUAAGAUGUUUUAGACUCGUAAGGCACUACUAUAUGUUCACUGGUUGAGGUGAGGGUGUAGGACUACAAAUUUCUUAUAAAGUACUAUGCAGAAGAAUUUCAAAUCACUAGGAAUAGCUUCAGUUGUGAGGUAAUAAUGUCUGACACGACAUAAGAUUUGCAAUGCUACCUUCCAAUUUAAUCUGUUUAUAUAUUUGAUGUGAAUAAAUGCUUUCUUUCUCAUGGU